CUUUACUUUCGCAUUUUUGUCCAGCUUUCUUAUCGACUAUCCGAUGCUAUUGUAAUGCCAACUAUGUACCGGCUAUUGGCCGACGAAUUCCCGAGCUGGUUUCCUUGAGCGCGUAUCAUUAGCCAUGAGUUUCUUUACGAAUCUCGCGCCGACAAAUCCGGCUCCCUUGGACUAUGUGACGCCAAGUUUUCCGUCACUGUACUGGCCUUUCCCGAUCAGCGGUAUUCAGGCCAACUAUCUAUACGACACAACAGCUAUUUGGCGCUUCACUGUACUAUGGACUUUGUUGUUUUAUGCUGCCGUCCACCUAGUUGCCGCCGCUUAUGCGAUGGUGAUUCAACGGAAGAACUGGAAGGUCAUAUGGAUCGUGCCUCUUGUGUACGCUGUCAUGGGCGGCAGCGAAGCUUUCAUUGCCGGUAGCAUCACCGGAGGGCUUGUUGGCGCCGUCUAUACUGCAGGAUAUUUUCGAAUGUCUACAUGGAUUCCUUUCGUCUGGGCACUCAUCAACACUCUGGUUCUGAUACUGUCCUCUUUUGCGAUUCAAGGUGGACUCUAGAUGAAGCUCUUCUAAUUGCCAGAGCUCAUCACUGCGUCAAAACAAAUGACGUAUGUUGCAGCUUGACACUCAUUGGCCUGAAAAGCUGCCACUCUCAAAACGUGCGGAUAGAAAACUGCCCAAAAGGGACCGUAAUCUUAAAUUACUUAGGAUACACCUCGUCGCACAUUCGUGGGUACUACCCGGGAAUGGUCGUAGCUAAGAGGCGGAAUAAUACCUACAUACCGGGUUCAAUCUGAUCAGCCAAAGGUCAUAGCUGAUCCCAGUUACUUCGAACUAUGUGGCAACCCUUUCACGCCUGCCGUGGCUAUCAAGUAGCUGCAAAGCCGGUUUGCGUACAUGGGAAAAACUCUACGAAAUCGAUUAGUUCUUGGCGGCGCGACAUUGGCUCCGCAAAACACUAAUAUAUGUAAGAUGGCUGCAAGUAAUACUAAAGCUUUCAGUGGUAUCACACUAUCACGCAGCUACUAUGCUACCAAUUCUCCCGUGCAGACAUGAGGAGGUAUUUUGAUGCAAUUGAGAUCACUGCUUAGAAUUUUUUUUAAUAG